UAUGAAAAGAGCCGGGCAGAACCCAAACGGCACCGCCGGGUAGGCCGAGGCUCUGCCAGCUAAACCAAAGGGUUUGCUUCACUCAUCCAGCCACCCGUGAUUUUCCAGUGCUUUGGAAGCUGCAGUUCCUUCACUAACAGUGGGAUGGGUCGGUUGCAAAAGAUUCUCAUUCCCUUUUUGGGACUGGUUUUGGCCUUCUGGUUUUAUUCUGCGAGGGAGAAUUUCAAACCGGAGAUGCUGAAAGGGAAGCGGGUGAUUGUCACCGGCGCGAGCACUGGGAUUGGAGAGGAGAUGGCAUAUCACUUGGCACGGAUGGGAUCCCACAUUCUGAUCACAGCACGGACAGAGACCAAGCUACAGAAAGUCGUGGAGCGGUGCCGGGAGCUGGGAGCAGCCUCGGCGCAGUACAUCAGUGGCACCAUGGAGGACAUGGCCUUCGCCGAGCAUGUGGUGAAGGAGGCACAGACCUCGCUGGGAGGCCUGGACAUGCUGAUUCUUAAUCACGUCGGCACGUCGUACUUCGGUUAUUUCGAUGGAGAUGUUGGGCACAUCCGAAAGCUCCUGGAGAUCAACUUCCUCAGCUACGUGGCAAUGACCGUGUCAGCGCUGCCCAUGCUGAAGGAGAGCGAGGGCAGCAUCGUGGUGGUUUCAUCCAUGGCAGGUAAAGUCGGGUUUCCUUUUACGGUCCCCUACUCUGCAACUAAGUUUGCCUUGGAUGGAUUUUUCAGCUCCCUGAGGCAGGAAUUCCACAUUCAGAACAUUAACGUUUCCAUCACUCUCUGCAUCCUUGGCUUCAUUGAUACUGAUCGCGCCCUGCACGCCGCCGCGGACGUGCUGCUUGUGCCACCGGCGCCGCGCACCGAGUGCGCGCUGGAGAUCCUGAAGGGCGGCGCGCUGCGGCGGCGGGAGCUCUACUACCGGUACGGCUCGACCCGGCUCCCGCUGCUGCUGCGCGACUGCGCCGCCGAGCUGCUGGACCGCCUGGUGCGCAGCCGGUACCGGCUGGACCGCAUCGGCACCGGCCAGCGCCGCCACCCGAGCGCCGGUAACUGAGCUGCGGGCUCUGGUACCCGGUAAGCUCACGUUCCCCGGUGCAACACCCUCCUCUGCCGGCGGACACGGGUCCUGCCUGCGCGCCGUGGUGUCGCGUCGAAGGAGAUGCGGGGGGUCCCCUCCCGGCAUUCCCGGAUGAGGGAAACAUGGGAACAAGCUGUAAUAAACGUCUCUAACCCAA